AUGAGGUUUCUUUCGACCUUCGUUCUCGCCCUCUCUUACCUCGCUACCGUAGUGGAUGCAUACGACGACCCGUUAAUACGCCUCGACUAUGGCUCCUUCCAGGGCAAAUACGACACAAGCUAUAACCUUUCAUAUUUCCGGAAAAUACCCUUCGCGGCACCACCCACAGGAGAAAACCGCUUCCGCGCCCCUCAGCCACCGCUGCAAAUUACAAAUGGCGCCUUUGAUACGGACCAGACCUUCGACAUGUGUCCCCAGCGCACGGUCAACGGCUCCGAGGACUGCUUAUACUUGGGUCUGUUUUCUCGCCCAUGGGAUACAUCCAAGGAUGUACGCAGGCCGGUGCUAGUCGUGUUCUAUGGCGGCGCAUUUAUCCAAGGCGAUGCGGCGUUCACUAUGCCCCCGUCUUCGUUUCCCGUGCUCAAUGCGAGCACACUGAAUGACUACGUGGUUAUUUAUCCGAACUACCGAUUAAAUGCGUUUGGAUUCUUGCCUGGAAAGGCUAUUAAAGCGUCGUCUACUUCAGACCUCAAUCCCGGCCUCCUGGACCAGCAGUACGUCCUGAAAUGGGUGCAGAACAAUAUCCACCAUUUUGGCGGUGACCCUCACAAUGUCUCGAUUUGGGGCCAGUCUGCCGGUGCAGGGUCAGUGGUGGCGCAAGUUCUGGCGAAUGGACGCAAUGGACAGCCCAAGCUCUUCUCGAAGGCUCUCGCCAGCUCCCCGUUUUGGCCCAAGACAUAUGCCUAUGAUGCACCCGAGGCGGAGGAUAUUUACAACCAGCUUGCUAAUUUGACUGGCUGUGCGGAGCAUGGCCAUGGUCAUGAGACUUUGGCUUGCCUGAAGUCCGUCGAUGUGCAAACUAUCCGCGAUGCGAGCCUUGUUAUCGAUGCAGAGCACACCUGGACAACGAGCUCGUAUACAUGGGCGCCUGUCAUCGACGGCGAGUUCUUGGCAGACACAUUGACUGAAGCCGUGAGCAGUGGAACACUAAACACGGAGUUUGUUUGGGGGAUGUAUAACAGCCACGAGGGACAGAAUUUUAUACCCUCGGGCCUACAAAAGGCAGCGUUGACAGGCGGGUAUAAUUCGUCAACUGCGAGUUUCCACCAGUGGUUGACGGGAUUCUUGCCGGGGCUGUCACCAAAGCAGAUCGAGGCUGUGGAAAAUGAGCACUACCCAGCAGAAGGAAGCACCGAAACCAUCGACGAGUAUAAUACAACCUAUAUCCGCGCUGGUCUGAUCUACAGAGACGUGGUUCUUGCAUGUCCGGCUUAUUGGAUUGCCUCGGAUGCGCAGAGAAGGGGCUAUCUUGGAGAAUACACCAUCUCACCCGCGACUCACGGCAGUGAUACUAUCUAUUGGAAUCGCAUCAAUGUAGUGCAGACGUCGAAUCCUGUCGUGUAUGAAGGAUAUGCUGGUGCCUUCGCCAGCUUCUUCCAGACAGGCGACCCGAACGCGCAUAAAUUGACCAACUCGUCUGAGCCAGGGGUUCCAGAGCUACAGAACACUGGGGAAGAGUUCGUGAUUGUGGAUCGUGGAUUUGAGAAUGUCCGCCUGGCACAACUCAAGGAGCGGUGUGAUUUUUGGCGAAGCCUGGGCAAGAAAAUUCCUGUUUAA